AUGAACGAUAAGAAUGAGUUGGAAUGGGAAGUUGACCGAGACAUGCUGCAGAGACAUGCAGUGACGGUCAUGGAAGGUCUUGGGGCAGCCGUGGAGAGUCUAGAUGAUUCUGACUUCCUCAACAGCGUCCUAGUGUCCAUUGGACAGACUCACGUGAAGAGAAACGUCAAGCCACAGAUGUUACGG